AUGAAGCUCUGGAACAAGAACAAGAAUUACACUGGAGAGCCGUACGACCUCUUCGAUUAUUGCAUCCGCAUCUUUAUGAGCCUCUGCUAUAACAUCCAACUCAAACCAAACCAAUUCCACGCCCUGCUUCCUCACAUCCUCGCCGACCGAGCCCAGAUGUAUUACAUCGAUCACAUCAGCUGGACCGCAACAUUCCGACAGGCAUACGAUAGCAUCAAGCAGCAUUUUGAUACAGAAGUGAACCACGCACAUUACUACACGGAUUGGACUAGACCUACAUUCACUAAGCUUCGUAUGGAUAAUGCCAACGCGACGAAGUCACUCCAGGAAGUGCUCCAGCUACUCUUCGACAAGUUGCAACGGUGUCAGCGUGCCCUCGGCAGGGAAUUUGCUGAUGAAGUUCACCUCCGAACAACCCUUAUCAACGCCUGCCGCGGCGUGCCAGAAUUGCAGCACGCCCUCUUCAAGCCAUCAAACAAGAUAGAGGCGUUGUUUGCAGAUCUUCGUUCUUCCAUUGAAACACAUCUCGCACGCGGCACAAACCCCCAAUACGCCCAGGAUGAUAACCAGCAGUACUACCUUGAUCGUCGAUACAACAACAACCGCGAAAGAGGUAGUGGAUACAGAGGAAGCAGAGACUUCAAAGGCCAGAGCUACAACCGCGGUAGAUUCAACCAACGCCCUCAAGGCAACAACAACCGCCCCUGGACUAGGAAGUGCUUCGUGUGCAACAAAGAAGGCUGCUGGUCCACCAAACACACGGCCGAAGAACGUCAGAAGGCCAAGAGUCAAUAUGUAGCCCACUGUCACUUCACGGGCACGCCCGUGGAACUCGCGGCCUAUGUGACGGACUACGAAGGCAUUGAAGGCGACCCGCUGACGAUGACGGCGACUGGGAUGAGAAUCAGGAUGACGAUGCUAACCCGAAACAGUGGCAAGCAAGUCAAAUGCUCUGCCAGCAAGCGUUCAACCAUUUGA